CAUUUUCUUCUUGUUAUUACUUCGAGGUGUAAACCAACGGCCUAGAGAAAUUUAAGGUUUACCUUUGUUUCCUCAAUUAUUUUGUGGUGAAAUUCAUUGUAGCAUUCAUCACCAUUGGCCUUCCAUUUUCCCCCUAAAUACACUCCUUGUCUUCAUGCAAGUGAAUAUUUUAAUGACUAAAUUCAAACACUGCAUUGACAUAAUUUGACCUUAACCUGCAACACUACCUCCCACCAAAAGAGGGAAAAAAUCAAUCUUCAUUUCUCAUAUGAUGAACAUAUUUUAUCUUUCAUAAUUCUUUUUGUGUUUAACAGAUAGUUCUUUUGCAAAUCAUCUUCCAUAGGGCAGCCUUGGGGUUCUUCCGAGGCAGCUUGUUAGUCCGAUAUUCUCCUCCAAAAAUGCAGGCGUAUCGAUGUUUUUUCAUUUUGUUGCUCUCUUCGAUUCUGUUUUCUUUCUCUUGUGCACUCUCUGACCAUGAAGCAUCAUUUCUUGCACGACGACAACUCUCAACACUUCCUGAAAAUGGUAAUUUACCCGAUAACUAUGAAUUCGAGGUGAAGGUAGAAUACACAUUUCCUAAUUCCAGGCUUAGACGUGCCUACAUUGCGUUAAAGGCAUGGAAAGAAGCUGUAUACUCUGACCCUUCUAAAUUCACCAGCAACUGGAAAGGUCCAGAUGUUUGUAACUAUAAGGGCGUUUUUUGUUCGCCGGCUUUAGAUGAUCCUAAUGUAACUGUUGUUGCUGGGAUUGAUCUUAAUCAUGCAGAUAUAGCAGGCUAUCUUCCUGUAGAAUUAGGAUUAUUGACAGAUGCAGCUUUGUUUCACCUAAAUUCCAAUAGAUUUUGUGGAAUUGUUCCAGAGAGUUUCUCUAAGCUUACAUUGCUGCAUGAGUUAGAUCUUAGUAAUAAUCGUCUUGUUGGUCCUUUUCCUAAGGUGGUUCUAAACAUGCCUAACCUUAAGUACUUGGAUUUAAGGUUUAACAACUUUGAAGGAGAGUUGCCUGCACAAUUGUUUGACAAAGAUCUUGAUGCUUUGUUCUUGAAUGACAAUCGAUUCGUAUCUACCAUCCCCGAGACUCUUGGAAAUUCUUCGGUUUCUGUUAUUACGUUUGCCAAUAACAAGUUCCAUGGUUGUAUUCCUAACAGCAUUGGAAAGAUGUCGAACUUGGAUGAGAUCGUGUUCUCAAACAACGAUCUUGGUGGAUGCUUGCCUGUUGAGGUCGGGUUGUUAAAGAAUGUAACAGUGUUCAAUGCUGCUGGGAAUUCGCUUUCUGGGAUAUUGCCAAAGACCCUUAAUGGUCUUUCACAUGUUGAAGAAUUGGAUCUUUCGCACAAUUCCUUAACUGGCUUUGUUCCGGAGAAUCUAUGUAGUUCAUCAAGUUUGAAGAAUUUCAAGUUUUCGUUCAAUUACUUCAAUGGCGAGGCCAAAAGUUGUGAACCACAUACGAGGAAAGAUGUGACUUUCGAUGAUACAAACAAUUGUUUGCCUGAUAGACCAAAACAAAAGUCUCAAAAACAAUGUCAACCUAUUGUGAGCAAGCCAAUUGAUUGUAGUAAGGCUAAAUGUGGAGGACCCUCAUCAAAAUCUCCUCCUCGUAAGAAAAAUGAAGUGCCACCAAAACCAACACUUUCUCCCACACCAAAACCUCAACCUCCUAAAUCAAAGCCUAAUCCUCCACCUACCCCCAAGUCACCACCCACCCCUAAACCAUCUCCAAAGCCUCAUGCUCCACCACCCACCCCAAAGAAGGCUUCUCCUCCUCCUGUUUCCUCUCCACCACCACAAGUCUUCUCACCGCCGCCAAUAGUACAUUCUCCACCACCACCUGUCCACUCUCCUCCUCCACCUGUUUCCUCUCCACCACCUCCGGUACACUCCCCACCACCUCCCAUGCACUCGCCACCACCCCUUCACUCUCCACCACCACCUGUCCACUCUCCUCCUCCACCUGUUGCCUCUCCACCACCACCCGUUCACUCUCCACCGCCACCUCCAGUACAUUCUCCACCGCCGCCUGUCCACUCUCCUCCUCCACCUGUUGCCUCUCCUCCACCACCCGUACAUUCCCCACCACCUCCCGUACACUCUCCACCACCACCAGUCCACUCCCCACCACCACCCGUCCACUCUCCACCACCACCUCCAGUACAUUCUCCACCACCACCUAUAGUUCAUUCUCCACCACCGCCUGUCCACUCCCCACCACCACCACUAAAAUCUCCACCACCUCCUUCUCCAAAGUUGUCCCCGCCUCCACCUUUCGAACAUGUUGUCCUUCCACCAAAUAUUGGUUCAAUUUACGCAUCACCACCUCCGCCAAUCUUCCAAGGAUAUUAAUCAAACAAUGAAGCUUUGUCUCGUUUUCACCUUUUUAGUACGUACAAUAUUUAGUACAUGUAGAACUACAUCAUUGUAUUUCUUUUUGUCGAAGUACCUAAUAUAUGGUGAUGUUUUUCUUUGUUU